UAUAAAACGGAGAGCACGUCGGCAGCCGGCUAUCAGUCAACAACAGUCAGCGGACAUCAAAAUAUUAUGCGCAUUUUCGUCAUGGAGUGUUUAAAGAUGUGUGUCGUCGUGGGCUUGGCUCUGACUGCCGCACCUGGUCGACCAGCGGCUGCAGCACCAUCACCGACCAAUGCUUACGUCUACCAACAACACAAAAGGAGCCCCGUUGACCCCAACCUGGAUCUGACUUCCGGUCUAACAACGGACUUCGGUGGUUUCGGGCCGUCCUCGACGUUGCCAGAUUUUGGUUCCGGUUCCGGUUUUCCGUCCACCACAGCUGGCUUCGGGUUCGACGACGCGACCGCCGGUUUCGGCACAUCCGCCGGGCUACUGCACUUGUCCCACCCGUACGCCGCUACCGCGUUCGGCUCUGGGCUCGGCUCGGUUGGUUAUCCAUUUUCCGAGUCCACGCUGAACCAACUUCAGUUCAAAUCUACGCUCGCUUCAAGUUCAUCGCCCUCGCUACCGGUCUCUGUAAAUUAUAGUCCAUCUGUGCCCAACGUUGGUCUUCACCACACCCGUAUCACCGGAUUUCCAGCAACCGAGAACUCGAAACUGACUGCUCAAAGUACAGUUUCACUACAACAGACUAGACCUAACGAGCAGCGCGUUACGGCGGAAUUGUUUAAAGCCAUACCUGCUCCACUGCAACAAUUGUAUUCGGCUUCUGCAUCAUCUGUACCACAACAACAGACAUAUGCAAUUUAUGCUCCACUGAAACAGUCAUAUCCGACUUCCGCAUCUGUACCACAACGACAGUCGUACCCAGCCACCGAAUCUGUAUUACAGCAACAGCAACAGUCGUAUCCUGCUGCAAUAUCUGUGCCACUGCAACAGUCAUAUCCAGCCACCGCAUCUGCUCCGCUGCAACAGUCAUAUCCAGCUCCCGCAUAUGUACCACAGCAACAGCAACAGUCGUACCCCGCUGCAAUAUCUGUGCCACUUCAACAGUCAUAUCCAGCCACCGCAUCUGCUCCGCUGCAACAGUUGUAUGUGACCGCCGAAUCUGUACCGCAGCGACAGUCGUAUUCUCUUUCUGGACCUGUACCACAGCAACAGUCGUAUUCUAAUUCUGGACCUGUACCACAGCAACAGUCAUAUUCUAAUUCUGGACCCGUACCACAGAAACAGUCGUAUUCUUCUUCUGGAUCUGCUCCGUUGCAACAGUCGUAUCCGGUCGCUGGAUCUGUACAACCACAACAGUCAUAUUCUUCUUCUGGAUCUAUACAGCAACAGUCGUAUUCUAAUUCUGGACCUACGCCACAGCAACAAUCGUAUUCUCUUUCUGGAUCUGUACCACAGCAACAGUCGUAUUCUUCUUCUGGAUCUGCUCCGUUGCAACAGUCAUAUCCGGCCACUGGCUCUGUACAACAGCAACAACCUUAUCAGACCACAUUAACUGAGCCUUUACAACAGACGUAUAUAGCCGCCACAUCUAAUCAACCAGAACAGUCAUAUCCAACCACCUCCGGAGAUUUCAGAAGUUCUGUAUAUCAAUUACCCGCAGCUGGAUCCACACCUGAUUUAAUUUUGGAGUUAAGACCUCCACCGUACACCGCGCCCGCAUCGUCGGUCGAUUAUCGACAAAAUGUAAACAUUCCGUCUACGCUGCCUUCCUCCUAUCAGCCCCCUGUCAGCAAUAACAAUAAUAACAAUUAUCCCAGUAAUGAUUUUGGCUUGUUGACGGCUCCUGUGGCGGGUACUUCCGGUUUGAACCAGGUCUCCAAUGCCCCGAACGGCGGCCCGCUUCCCGGGAAUACAAACAAUUUCCUUGCGGUCAGUUCAAACGCCAAACCCGAUCAGACUCCCUUGAACACCUACUACACGGUUCCCCUUCCAGUUUCCGGUGGUUCAAAUAGUGCAUCAAAUGAUGUUCCCAAUUUCUUUUCAAUUCCUAACAUAGCUUAUUCCUUAACCAGUUCCGUGAACAGUGAGUUUUCCGGUUCGACAAAAGCACCACCAGCAGCUCCGGUAUCUUCUAUUGGAACCGACCGCGGAGUACCUGCAGCAGCAGCUAACCCUACUGGUGGUCCAAGCCUCUCCUACCGAGACGCUAACAUUCCAAGCGUUUCUUACCCCAGCUCCAAUUCAAUUUCUGCGAACUCUUAUAGCGAUUCCAACUCAAUCCAGAGUAGUUCUUAUACCAUACCCAGUUCUCCAGUGGCUGGCAACUCUUAUAGCAAUUACAAACUCAAUACCGACAGUUUUUACGUCGACUCGAAUUCGAUUUCACCUAACAGCAAACGUGAAUCAUCCACUGUCAACUCAUUCAAAAAUUUCCAAGGGUAGGAUAAGUUAGGUUAUACAUAAUACUACAAUUAUGCGGGUGCUUAUAAGCCAUACAGUAAGAACAUAUUUUUAAACAGACUGUGACUUUGACUUAGUAGUA